GUCAUUUUUUUUUAAUUAUGUGAUUAAGGGUUCUCGGUGAAGCUUCCUUCAUAAUGGAAGGGGAUUAAUCAUGAACACUUAAAAAAUUAAUAAUCUAAUAGGUGAGUGAGUUAUUAAAAUGUCACUUGGGCGCUUUGGAUCAUAGUUCGGGGGUUCUAGUCAUAUUUUUAUUGUUAUUGCAAGCAUUGAUACAAGAAAACGCUACGGAAUAGGGGUGAAUGAUGGAAACAAAGUGAUUUUUAAUUUUUAAUUUUAAUAUUGGUUAAUUUCUUAAGUAAAGGAUCAAAACUGGUUUUAUAAUUCCACGUCAUACACUACAUCAGCAGUGACUUGUCAUUUUGUUAAAUACUAAACGGUCAACGCCGUCAACCCUAAUGAAAAAUAGUUCAGUACAUAAACGAAAUAUUGUAAAGAAUAGGAUACAAGUAACAUUUGAGUCAUGGUUAAAGAUAUUUUUAGUGAAAUUAGCCCUUAAUUUUAUCCCGAUGCAAAUAAAAGAAAGUAUGGGUCUUUUUUUAUUAUGGCUAGUGGCUACUAUUUGCUACCAUUAUGAUGCACCCCCCCUAAUAAAAAAAAAAAAAAAGAGGCAUUCAAAUUUUCUAAAAUUCCCAAAAUUUGACCGUUGAAUAUUAGAUUACGCCAAGAAUGAAAUGAUGCAAAUUUAAUUUGAGUGGAAUGUGAAGAGAAAGUCAACCCAAACCAAUUGAGUAAUUGACUUGUAUACUGAAUGACCAAAGCAAAGUGUGAUGAUUUGCACGUGCGGGUUUUGCUUUCCUUUCCUUUGCUUUGCCCUUGCCCAUAAUAUAUCAUCAUUAUCAUGACCUCAUGUGGCCGGGUAAAGUAAACAAAAUUAUUUUCCACAAGUGAUAAUUACAAAACAAAGACCAUUAUUCCAUCCCCCCUGUAUUUAUAUAUUUAUAAUUAAGGGUUGGUUUGCUUGUUGGAUUUGGGUCAUGAAUUUGGUACCCAAAUCCCAAACUUGAUGGAUUUAACGUAAAUUCAUUGUUUGUUGAAGGGUGCUAAAUCCGUGGGGUCCACGGAUUUAGUCUUUAUUUUGGAAUCAAAUCCGUGGGCCCCACGGACCUGUAAAUCUCACAUAUUGAUUUGGGAUUUGCAAAUCCUUGGUGGUUAGUUAUUUAUUUAACAAAUCCAUCACAAAUCCAUCAUCAAAUCUAUCAUGCAAACAUUAGACUCUUCAAAUCCAUAAUCCAAUAAAUCCAACAUAAAUCCCAAGAUUUUUAUUGGUCAAAACUCUCAUUUUUCAAAUCCAACAAGCAAACGACCUCUGAAGGAAUAUAUAUAAUUAGGUAAGAUGAUUAGCAAAAUCUCGACAUAUAUCUUGACUCAUCGCACUCCAACGAAUCAUCAUAUUCUUCAUCUUCAUGGCCGACGUGGGUGUGUGCAUGCCAGCCCAGCCCAUUAAUACAGGCCCAUUCCUCUCAACAUCAGCCCACCUUGUUUUUUUUUCUUAUGAUCUUAUUCUUAUCCAUCCCUCACAAACCUCAUUCCAUUUGCCAAAUCCUAAAACAUUUGUAAUUUUGAUUGGUCCGAUUAGGUUAAUUUCAUUCCAUCUCCAUUAAUGAAUUAAUGCGUCUUAGGUCAAAUAUGGAUGCAUUUCACUUACUUUUCAACGGACCAAUGUAGGAUCGAGCAAUCUUGUGGAUCAUACAAGACUAUUUCAUAGUUUGGCUUUGGAUUAUCGGAGACAAAAGAGGUAUAUGUGCAUUACACGAUGACAUAAUACCAGUGGCGGACCCAGAAAUUUUUCAUAGGGGUGCCCUCUUUUAAAAAAUAAAUUAAAUAAAACUAAAAAUAAUUAAUAAAAAUAAAAUUGUAAAUAUGAAAAUACCUUACUCGUACAUAUUAAAAAAGUCCAUGAUGUGUUUUCAUAUUCGAAAAUAAUUGUAGAAUACAUUUGGUGUCUAUAGUGUUAAAAAAAUCGUCUCUAUAUACACUACUAGACGAUCAUUCACGAACUUAUCGCAUAUUCGAUUCGUAAACUUGUUCUUGAUGUAACCCAAAGCUGAAAGACUCUUUCAACACUUGUCGUACAAUCAUAAAAUCAAUACAAAUUAAGGGUAGUUUGAAAUUAGUUUAAUUGUUAGGUUUUUAAAAUAAUUAGAGAUAGGGAAUGCCAUUUUACUAUUACACAUUGUUCAAAAUCGAACAACAUAUGAGUUUAGCUCAAUGGAAAUUAAGUUUAUUAAUAAUAAUAGUGUUCUAGAUUUGAAUUAUCCAACCUACCACUUAUAUUUCUAUACACAAAUGACAGUAGGAUAAUCAUUUUUUCAAAUUUAAAGGGUGUCCCUCAUUAUCAAUUUUUUUUUGUCCAUACGUAAAUUAUUACCGGGGUUGGAUAAUCGUCUUCCCAUAAUUUAGGGGUGUCCGGGGACACCCCUAAACCCCCUGGGUCCGCCCCUGCAUAAUACAAGGAUGACUAGAUGGCACUUCAGGUGUAAAGAGUACUUAAAUAGCUCAAAGAGUUAUAGUCGAUACUGAUUAGUGGUUGAAUCACAUAAAAACCCAAAACUAGAAGCAAAUCUCAAGUAUUAUGGUGGUAAAACUUGAACUAACACUAGUUGAACGUUUUAUUGGACUACAAUCAAAUUAUUGUCACACACGUACGAAGAAAAAGAACAUUGCCUAAAUCUAUGGAACACAUUAAGAUAUGCAUAACAUUGUGUAAUUUGGUUGAUCACUUUUUCCUUUGGUUGGAUGAUUAUGCGUAAGUUCCAUUGAAUCGAAGGGGUAUGUAUCCCACUAAACAAGUAUGUCCCUAACGUAACCUUAUGAGUUUAUGCAUCUCAUUUGGUUGUUGUCGUUGUUAUGAUACUUCUUUCCUCUUAUGGAGUCUUCAAAAUUUUCUUAUCCAUCAAAAGACUUGAUUGAGAUCGAUACCAUUGACAAUUAACUUGUUUACAUAAACGAAGUUAUCUACCCGUGAGUCCGUGACCAACCUGUUUAAUAGUUCGGUCAAUCUAAUAUACCUUGUGAUCAACCAGAUUAACAAUGUAAUUGACUUGGCCUUUCUUAUUCGAUCAAAAGCUUCCACUAUACUUCAAAUAAAAUUACUUGGAAUUUACUCCAUGCAAAUUAUGGUAACAAACUUCUAUAGUAAGUUGCAAACUUUUUAAGUGCCCAACUCACUCUGAGCUUACUUUGAUGAGUUUGUUCCAUCUAUUUUUGUAAAACAAAUGACCAAAUCUCAAGCAAAUGGAAGAUCAGCGGGGGAUGAAAUUGGUUGAAGCAAAGUUAUUGGCUUUGACCCAAAAGUGAAUCUGGGCAAAUAUAAACGUUAAGCAAACAUUAUUGUUAAUGGAGGAGCCUCAGAAACGUGUACACUUUUAUCAUAUCAAAUGGUUGAAAACUGCAGAUUUUCAAAGGGAGGAAAGAAAGAUAAGAAUGGAUCCAAUUGCUGUCUCUGUUCUGUUGUCGUCUCCUGCCUUUUACGACUCUCAAUAAACCACCCACCUUCUCUCUCUACUCUCUCUCUCUCUCUCUCUCUCAACCCACCACACCACGACCCAAACAAACAAAUACAAAAACAAAGACCCAAAGGUCAAAAUCAAAUCCAUCUCUGACUCUCUAAUUCCAUUCAAUGGCGGCCAAGCUCAACUCCAUAACCCACGAGACUAGUACAACUUCAGAAAUCUCAAACCGCCACCUUCUUACCUUCUUCUUCUUCGUCUUCCUCCUCCAUCCUUGACAAACCUUCUCCUUCUUUUGCUGUGCCUGGGUGGCCUCUCUUUUAUCACAAAGCUCACAUUUUUAUGCUCAUUUUGGCCAAGUUACUAUAAACCCACAACUCCUCAGCUUCUCCUCUUUCUCUUUCUUUGGGUUCCGUGUUUGUGCCCAUUUCGACUUUUUUGCGCAAGAACCCAUUAGUUAGUCCAUUACCCUCCAUCCAUUAUCUCUCACAUUUCAAGAAAGACACAGAUCAAUAUUAUUUACAAGGAUUGGAGAGAAAGCAGCUUGACUCCCUACCAAAAAGCACUUUGAGAUCUGUUCCUUUUCUUUUCUUGGUCUUCGCCCUCCAUCAAUCCUCUCUCUGUUUUCCUUUUCCCCCUUGCUUUCUUUCGCUCUUGAAUCUUCUGUCCAAGUUGGUUGUUAAAAUUCAGGGGUUUUACUGGGUAUCCCUUCUGCGGCUCUUGAAUCUCUGAAAGGACGAAUCUUUGUUACUACAAAGGAGAAAAUAAGAAAUGGGGAGUAGUAAAUGGAGAAAAGCAAAGCUGGCCUUGGGCCUGAAUCUUUGUGUGUUUGUGCCAAGAACGCUGGAUGAUUUGCCAGCAACAACUUCAACAGAGAGGGUAUCAGAUGUUGCUCUGCUUUCACCUACAAGUUGGGAUGCUAGGCCAAUGACUCCAGUUCCAUCUUCUCAUGGUUUGAAGCUGCCCCGAACUAGUAGCAAAUCUUCCAAGCAAACCUGCUCAAUCUGCCUGACCAAGAUGAAACAAGGAGCUGGCCAUGCAAUUUUUACAGCAGAGUGCUCACAUUCGUUCCAUUUCAAUUGCAUUGCUUCUAAUGUGAAGCAUGGCAAUCAAAUUUGUCCAGUCUGCAGAGCAAAAUGGAAAGAGAUCCCCUUUCAGGCUCCAGAUUUAGAUCCUCCGCUUGGGAGAGCUGUCUCAAUCAACGCUGGAGGCUGGCCUAACAAUGAUGCUUUAAUGACUGUGGUUCGUCGUUUACCGCCCCCUCGUCGGGACCCUAGUAGGAGGCACGUUGUACCAUUACUUCAGGUUGCCGAGCCUAUUGUAUUUAACGAUGAUGAAACUUUGGACAUCCAGCCAGGAUAUGAAAAUGGCGCCAGUUGCAGUUCUGGUAGAGCAAUUGACAUCACUGUGCAUCCUGAAGUUACAGCAGCAUCACGUUCAAAUUCUUAUGAGAACUUCGCUGUCCUUAUUAAUCUUAAAGCUGCUGCUGCUAGCAUGAUAAGAAACCAGACCAGCAGCUAUCCUCAACUCUCCCAAACUCCUAGAGCUCCAGUUGACUUGGUGACAGUUCUCGACAUCAGUGGUAGCAUGGCAGGAACUAAGCUGGCAUUGCUUAAACGAGCUAUGGGAUUCGUGAUACAGAACCUUGGCUCCAAUGACCGGCUCUCUGUUAUUGCCUUCUCAUCCACAGCUCGGCGCCUCUUCCCCCUGAGGCGAAUGUCUGAUGCAGGGCGCCAGCAGGCGCUGCAAGAUGUUAACUCUUUGAUUGCCAAUGGUGGGACCAAUAUAGCUGAAGGCCUGAGAAAGGGAGCUAAGGUGAUGGAAGAGAGGAAAGAAAAGAAUCCAGUUGCAAGCAUAAUAUUGCUGUCGGAUGGACAGGAUACUUAUACAGUUAGUAGCGGUAGUAACCAGCAGCCUGAACAACCGAAUUACAGGUUGCUACUUCCUCUUUCUGCUAUUGAUGGUGGUGGUGGGACAGCUGGAUUGAAGAUUCCAGUGCAUGUGUUUGGAUUUGGGGCGGAUCAUGAUGCUUCAUCAAUGCAUUCAAUUUCAGAAAUUUCGGGUGGUACAUUUUCUUUUAUCGAGACAGAAGCCAUUAUCCAGGAUGCAUUUGCACAGUGCAUUGGAGGGCUCUUGAGUGUUGUGGUGCAGGAGCUGCAAGUGGGUGUUGAAUGUGCGAACCCUAACAUCAAACUCCAGUCGUUGAAAGCAGGAAGUUACUCGAGUCGGAUAUCAGCCGAUGGACGCACGGGGUUCAUUGAUGUUGGAGAUUUGUAUGCAGAUGAAGAGAGGAAUUUUCUCGUUUCACUCAAUGUUCCACCAGCAGAACCUUCAAAAGGUUCAACAUCAUUGCUCAAGGUGAAAUGCGCCUUCAAGGACCCGUUAACUAAAGAAAUGGGCACAUUAGUAAGUGAAGAAAUAAGGCUUCAGAGACCUGAAGUACCUGAAGAAGUAGUUGUAUCAGUAGAAGUGGACAGGCAGCGUAAUAGGUUGAAAGCAGCAGAGGCAAUGUCACAGGCAAGAACUGCAGCUGAGCAAGGGAACCUAACUGGUGCAGCUUCCAUCCUUCAGGACUGCCGGAAGGACCUAUGGGAAACCGUGUCGGGCAGGUCGAAUGACCGGUUGUGCAUUGCACUAGAUGCAGAGAUGAAGGAGAUGCAAGAGAGGAUGACGAGUAGAAAUGUGUACGAGGCCUCAGGUAGAGCAUACAUACUGUCCGGGCUAAGCUCACAUUCAUGGCAAAGAGCCACAGCAAGGGGAGACUCGACGGGCGGCAGUUUGAGCCUUGCUCAGUCGUACCAAACACCGUCGAUGACCGAGAUGCUGACUCGAUCUCAGGCGACAUUUAUGGGGAGUCCAUCGACUCAGAGGCUUAUCCAACCGUUAUGGUCAAUUGGGUCACAACCAAAACCAAGGUGACGGGUUAGGGCCUUCAUUAGCAUGAGCUUCUAUUGCCAUGCCUAAAUACGGCUUUCUGCAUUUUGUUUGGGUUAUCAUUGGUAGGAAAAUCUGAGGUGGAUUUCCCGUUCUUUCCUUUCUGGACUUUUGGGUUUGGUUGCCUCAUUUUGUGUAAAUGAAUAACGUGGGAUAAAUGGCGAAGGUAUAUGAGAUUGGGGGUGGGAAAGAAGGAAAUGGGAAGAGCAGAUGUUAGGGUUUUGAAGACUUUUUCAUGUUUGUUGUUGGGGGGUGUAAAUAGGAAAGCAAUGGGUGGGGGAAAGCCUGUAAUUUGAGAAUCGUGUGGUGAAUCUUUUCACCUGAAUUAUAUAUAAGUUUACAACCUCUCAAUUCAAUUGUUUGUUCUGUCAAAUGUAGCAUUUUCACGUUGUUGAAUGUUCAGUAUGAGUCUGAUUUGGAGUCUCCGUACCUCGUUUGGCCCAGACAGGUUCAGCACACAUGACAAUGACAAGAUAGCACAAAAAUAAAGCACUAAAUAUUUG